UAUAAUUUUUAUUCCUUUAUGCAUUUCGAUAUCAGAAGUUUUUUACAGUAUAAUAUAUAUGAAAAGUUUAUUAGGCAUUUUAGACAAAAUACGUAUAAUAAGAUACGAUGAUAUACCGUGUAUGUAUUUUAUAUUAGGUGUUAGAUUUGGCAAUAGUAUUUUAAAGCAAGUUAAGUAAUGAACAUGAUUGUUGGAAACAAACUGGGCCAAAGACUACUAUUGUCAUAUUGUUCUUUCACUUGCAUUUAUUUCCCUGGUAUUCUGAUAUUACUCAAAUUAAAUGACAACUUGUACAAUGUGGGGAAAUACAAAUUCAUUCCAGUGUUGUUGAUUCUGCUCUUCGCAGAGGUGAUAAAACUGUUGUUCCCUAUGUUUCAUUCUGAAUCAACAAUUAUAGCAAAGACCGAAUUAAGGACAUCAAAAACCAAAAGGACUUGGUCUAGAUAUGUGAAGGAAGUUUUCAAAUUUAUAUUAAUUGCAUUUCUUUUGUCUGCUGCAUAUUACAUUGUAAUUAUAUUAUUUGGUGCACCUAUACUGGCACAACACGAAGAAACUACCAUGCUUACCAUUACAUUAACUAGCCUCACAUUUAUUCCUGCAAGUUUGCACUUAGGAGUAGACAGUGCAUUAGAAAUUAUGACAGGAGUGCAAUCACAAAAAGGUAAUGUUCUGGUCGAUGCUAUGAAAACAAAUAUUCAGGCAACCCUUUUGGGUACUUGGUUAGGUGCUUUUGUAAUUCCAUUAGAUUGGGAUCGACCAUGGCAAGUUUGGCCAAUUCCUUGUGUAAUGGGAGCUCUUCUUGGCUAUACAGUUGCACAUUUUAUUACUCUUAUAAAGACAUUACCUAUGUUAAGAUUAGGUAAAAAAGUUCAUAGAUAAGUAUCAACAAUUAUUUUAAUACAUAUAUAGUAAUUUAUUUCAGUACAAAAAUUUCUGAAAUAUCUGAUCUCCUGUAUUAUAGUACUGUUGGAACUAAUAACUAUUAUACAAAUGCUGCAUUUCAAGCAACAUAUUACCAAGAAGAGUUUCAUUUACAACUCAUUCAAAAGCUGUAUUAUAUUUUAUGCAAUGUGAUAUGUACACAGAAUAUGAUUUCUGAAUCCAAGUUGUGAAGGCAAUAAUAAAAAUUGUUUUGUACAAAAUAAACACUUUGUCUGUAAAAAGUCAUGCUGGGUCAUAUUACGUAAAUCUGCUAAUAGUUGUGCAACUUCAUGAUAAUUAGUUGUAAGAUGAUAAUGUAAUAAAUCCAAAAUCUGUUAAUAGAAAUUUAUCAUGAAUUUUUUUUAUAAAUAAAUCA